AUGUCUACACCAGCUGAAAUCAUUGCUGCUCGUGUCAAUGGCCAAGCUGACGCUGCGCCGACCGACGCCACUCCUUCUAAUUCGCUGGAACUUACUGACUCGCCGAAAACUCCGUCGGUAACUGACGAAUCGGCGUUUCCCACAUUGGGUGGAAAGAAGGCUAGUUUUUCCACUUUGUCUUCUUGGGGUCCGCUGAUGAAAAAGGGAGCCAAUGCCUCUGAAUCCGCUCCACUGGAAUCGAAACCGGCGGUUUCUGUUGCUGCUGGAAAGUUUAAAUCGUCAACUAUCCAAGAAGCGUUUUCAUUGGAUGUCGAAGACCAGCUCAAUGUGGCCCGGACCGAGUUCAUCAAGAUCUUGACCCAGAUCCGUGGUGACACAGACACCAACAUUGAGUGUACUACGUCGCAACAUACCAAAAAACGGACAUUUUUGAUUACUGGUAAACCUGCCCAGGUUCGCGAUGCCAAGAGAAUGGUGAUCAAAAGACUCACCAAGCCCGUGAAAAUUUCGUUUGAUAUCCCGGCAAAGGUCCGCUCGAGGGUCAUUGGUCAGCAGGGACGCACAUUGAAGCCUAUCAUUGCCGAUAACGAUGUCAAGAUUGAUAUUGGAAAUCCGCAGGAAGUCGAAGGUGUGGACCCCGACGACAUCUACUCGCUGGUGGUGACGGUGUCCAUUGAGGGAGAUGUCGAGGGAUGCAAACAUGCCAAGGGCAGAAUUUUGGCCAUUGUAAAGGACGAAAUCAAAGAGUUGUCUGUUCGUCUUCCCGUUGACGACGCCUUAAAGCCUUUCGUUGCCAAUGCCAUUGCUCCUAUAAUCUCCAAAUUUUCAUCGUUGGAUAUUUCGGCGCCUAUUUACUCGUCGCCUUCAAACUCGGUGACUUUGGUAGGUGACCGAGAAUUGGUCCUCGAAGCAAAGCAGGAGAUCAUCGAUACCCUCGAAGCUUUGGCUCCACAAAUAUCCACCCAAGAAGUUCCGAUUCCAAAACUUAAACACCAAUUCUUGCCAAUUGACGAUGUGCUUCGUGCGUUCAACGUCUUGAUUCAGCUUCCCAAGGAUGGAGAAUCCAGCGUAAAAUUCGUUGGAAAGAAACAAGACAUUCCUAAAGCCCAAGAAAUGGCACGUUCCACCACCUCUCUGUACAAAGUAGAGGCACUUGAUAUGGCAAAGGCACACAAUGGAAACUUGACCCACGUUAAGGCGGUUGCUACGCUCUUGAAGCAGAAUGGUACGUUCGACAGAAUUGGACGAGAAAAUGACGUUUCGUUGAACGUUCCAGAUGUUUCAGUCUUGGCAGAUAGUGCUACGACCAGUGUUCCCAUCGAGAUUGUCGUCAAGAAUGAUCAAGCAGAAAAUACUAAGAACGCAAAGAAGGCCAUUGUGGCCAAUGUUAACUCCAUUUCUCCUUCCUCCACAAAAGUCAUUUCUGACAUUGACUCAUUUUUGAUGCCUCUGGUCAAAGAAACUAUCAAAGACGUUACAGAAAAAAAUAAUGUGAGUUUUGUCAUUUUGGGUUCCGACAUCACCUUGUUUAACUUUCUGAACGAACUGGAGGAUUUUGAUUUCGUCGACACUAACGAAGCGUUCACCGAGGUGGAUACUGAGCUCAAUAAAUUGCGUGAGUUGCAAAAGGACUUGGAUACGGUUGUUAUCAAGGUUUCCUCUUCGAAACAGCGAGAAAUUGCUGGUCCAAGAAACACCACCUUAAAGCUCAUUACUGAUUCCGCAGAUGCUAAUAGUGUUCAGGUAAAGCUUCAUUCUAAUGCAGAUGAAGUGCUCAUUCGUGGAGUUGCGACCCAAGUAGCGAUCGUCAAAGACUUGAUAAAUGCUGUGUUAAGCGAUGCCGGGGAACAUGGAGAGAACUACUCGUCUACUGCUGUGGUAGCUUCAUCAGUACUCUCUCGCUUGAUAGGAAAAAAUGGUGCUAAUAUGACUUCUUUGAGGGAGAAAUAUGGUGUUAAAAUCAACGUUCCAGAGCAUGAAAGUGAACAAUCCCAAAAUCAAACUUCCAUCACCAUCACCGGACCCAAAUUUAACGUCGAGGAGUGCAAGAAAAAUAUGAUUGAGACGUCCAAAAAGUGGGCUGACGAAACGGUCAAAAGAUUGAACAUUGAAAGCAAGUUCCACAGGCGGUUGAUAGGAGCCAACGGCGUUUACAUCACUCGCUUGCAGGACAAAUAUAAUGUCAAGAUUCGGUUCCCAAGCGCUGAAAGCUUUGCGUCGACAUUUUCCGAUGCUCCAAAGCACAAAGACGAAGUCACAGUAAAAGGUCCUUCGAAAGGAGUUGCCAAAGCGGUGCAAGAAUUGGAGGAGUUCUAUCAAUUCCAGAAAGAGAAUGGGUUUCAAGAAAUACUCCAUAUUCCAGCACAAGCGAUUUCUCGUGUGAUCGGAAAGAGUGGAGCCACCAUCAACGAUAUUGCCGACGGUGCUGGAGUUGAGUACCAUUUCAAAAAGAAUGCCAAGGCAAACGAGGAAGAAAACUCAUCGGAAAAGUCGUCUGAGUUGGAGCUCAUAGGUUCUAAAUCUGCAUUGAGAGAAGCAAAGAUGAAGAUCCAGGACAUUAUCAAUGAAGUUGAAAACACUGUUUCUGAAACCAUCAAGGUCGACCCCAAGUACCAUCGUGAUAUCAUAGGGUCUGGAGGCUCAAAGAUGAAGGAGAUUAUUGCCAACGCUGGAGGUGCAGAACUCUCUGGACCAAAGUAUUACAAACUUAUGGCAAUGCCAUCUGAAAGCUCUGGGUCUGACGAAAUUGUUUGUCAAGGUGACAAGCAAAUUAUUGCCAAGAUCAUAGAACAGGUUAAAGCGCUUGUAGCUGAAAAGGAGGCAAGUGUAAGUGAACAAUACGAGUUGCCAAAGGAGAAACAUGGUCGUCUUGUCGGUCCUGGAGGCUCUGUUCGUCAUGCUUUAGAAGACGAAUUCAAGGUUUCUAUCGCUAUUCCUCGCCCCAGCGAUAUGUCUUCUAUCAUCAAAUUGACUGGUUUGCCAGAAAACAUUGCCAAAUUGAGACCCAAGCUCGACGAACUUACCAAAAACGAAUGGAAAGUCGAAUUGGAGAUUCCUGAAAAAUACCACAUUUUGGUUUCUGAGCGUGGAGGCAUCUUCAGAAAGUUGAAGACCGAUUACAAUAUCGAUGUUGUCCAUGGCAACUUGACCAGAAAGGCAUCCAAGUUGACCAAUGCCUCAAUUCCUACUCCGCCAGAAGAGGCAUUUGCUGAGUCAGAAGAACCCACAAAAGUUACCAUUUCUUCAGCGGAGCCAGUACUGGAAGAGGAUACCAUUCCAUGGCGGUUGGUUGGUAGCGAAGAAGAUACUGCUCGUGCCGCCGAGUUGAUCAAAGAACGUUUACAAUUUGCCAAGGAAGCCGACAGUAGAGGAUGGAUAUUCGCCAGCAACCCAGGACUGUUUUCUAAGGUUGUUGGACCUCAAGGAGCUCGUAUCAGUCAACUUCGCAAGAAAUUCAAUGUGUUUGUAAUUGUUCCUCGCAAAGGUGACAAGCACGAGCAGUUCAUUUACUUGGUUGGAAAACAAGAUGCAAUCGAGGCAGCUCUGAAGGAGAUUGUCAAGUUGCUACAGGCAUAA